UCCUUGUUAUAAAAGCUCAACAUCAACCGUUUUUCCUGCACGUUUCCUCUGUGAGUUGGUACCAGUCAUAGCAGUCAUGAUGUUCCAGGCGGCUCUGCUCAGCUUCCUCUUCUGCUCCGUGCAGAGCCACAGCAUCCCGGGUUCAUUUGAAAAGGUUGAGGAACACUCUGGCAACAGCAUUGAGGACGAGGAUGUCUCCGUGUCCACCCUGUUAGAGAGAGCAAAUAACAAUGUUGAAAGGAGCUUAGACGAGCCUCUGAUUGUGGAAGGAGACAUCGCCAUACCAACAGGCCUGCAGAAUGCUGAUCCAUGCACACAGAGAGGCUGCCUGUGGCCGAGAUCCAGAGAUGGCAAUGUCUAUGUACCCUACCGCAUCUCCAACCAGUACUCUACAAGAGAGAGGAACACCAUCAUCACAGGUCUUCGCUCGUUUGCUGAGUCCACCUGCAUCCGCUUCACCCCCCAGAGCAGAGAACAGGAUUUUGUUGACAUCCAGUCUAGAUCAGGGUGUUACUCAUUUGUUGGUCGUCGUGGUGGUGGGCAGACAGUGUCGCUGAGCCGCCAAGGUUGUGUUUUCCAUUCGAUCAUCCAGCACGAGUUGCUCCAUGCUCUGGGCUUCAACCACGAACAAACCCGAUCUGACAGGGAUGAGCAUGUUCGCAUCCUGUUAGAGAAUGUCAUUCCAGGGCUGGAAUAUAACUUUCGGAAGAUCGCAACAAGGAAUCUUGACACACCAUAUGACUACGGCUCUGUCAUGCACUAUGGAAGGUACGCUUUUUCGAGGAACCGCCAGCCGACCAUCGUUCCCAUCCCUGAUAGUGACGUAGCAAUCGGCAGAGCGACUCAGAUGAGUCCCGUGGACAUCCUUCGGGUUAACCGCCUUUACAGCUGCAAUUCAUCUGCACAAAAACCCUUACUGGUAAAAAAUAAAAUGAGCCAAUUCUUCCUCAGCUCAGAGAGAAUCUGAACACUAUCGCGGAAACAGAAGAUCUGCAGCUUUUUAUCUACAAGCAAAACCAGAAAUGCAUCUUGUCCCCAGUGACCGUAUCACUGUAUGUCAGAAUUUGAUUAGUAUUGUUGCUGUCCUAAUGACGUGAAAAUACCCUGAAACAAAGCUUCACUUUUGCAGUGAACUGCUUGCAUGCUUGAUGAAAUAAAAUGAAAGAAUU